AUGGCGUUUGCGUACGACCCUAACCCAAGCAUCGGGCGAGCGACCUUGAUGGAUAAGCUACAAUGCUUCGCACUCCUGCUUGUCUUACCUUGGGCGUGUUUCGAGGUGCUUUCACGAAGGGCUGUCUGGACAAAUAAUGAUCUCAGUCUCAAGGCCGAUUUCAUUUGCACCUUCCUUCGCUUGAAAGGCAUAUCCAUCGCUGUCUUCGCGCUCGACUACUCCUUGACACCAGAAGCACAGUACCCUACUCAAGUCAACCAAGCAAAAGCUGCCUACCGCUACCUGCUAGAGGACCAGAAUAUCGACGCCGCAAAGAUUGCUCCAAUCGGGGAUUCUGCAGGCGCGCAUCUGAUUCUGAACUUACUUUCCAAUUUGGCGGACGAACCAUCACUCCCAAAACCUGGAGCUGGCGUGUUCCUGAUCGCGCCGUGGAUUGAUCUGCGAUGUUCCAGAGAUGGCUCAUUUGUUCGCAAUCGAGACAGCGAUUAUCUGCUCCGUGAUCGUCUUAUUCGGGCCGGACUCCAAGUCAUGCCGCGUCACCUUGAUGCUACAGUGCCUCACAUCAUCGACUUUUCCCUACCUCGGCCUGACAAGCAGUCCUGGGCACAGACACUACCUAACAAGGUGUGGAUGGGUAUAGGCUCCAAGGGAGUCUUGCUAGACGACGCCAUCGCUUUCGUCAACCGUGUCGAAGCUGAUGGGAUGAAUGUUGAGUUCCAGCUUGAUAAAGGCAAGGUACACGACUGGCAAAUAGUCGAGGAUCUCUUGGAUGUUGACCAGUAUUUCGCUACAAUUGGUGAGGUGCCUCAGGGGUUGAUGAAGGGAGCUGCGAACAUUGCAGAAGCUAUCUUUUCGGCGAAGUCUUGA